GUCCAGCAGCUGCAGGCUGUGGUUUCAGUGACUUCCUUGUUGUGAGCCCCGGCCCGGCAGUGUCCGGAAUCGUAGCCCCGCGGUGCUUACUCGGACCGCUAGCCAGAGUCUAGGUCGCAGCCGCAACCCCAGCCCGUCGGUUACCCUUGCAGCACAGGUCCUUUCCCCGCACGCCCCGCGCUCCCUAAUAUGCCCAACCCUAGCAGUGCCUCCUCUCCCUAUACCCUCCCUGAGGAAAUUAGGAACCUGUUGGCAGAUGUGGAAACAUUUGUAGCAGACAUACUGAAAGGGGAAAAUUUAUCCAAGAAAGCAAAGGAAAAGAGAGAAUCUCUUAUUAAGAAGAUAAAAGAUGUGAAAUCGAUCUAUCUUCAGGAAUUUCAAGACAAAGGUGAUGCAGAAGAUGGAGACGAAUAUGAUGACCCUUUUGCUGGAUCUGCAGACACUAUUUCAUUAGCUUCAGAAAGAUAUGAUAAAGAUGAUGAAGCCCCCUCUGAUGGAAACCAGUUUCCUCCAAUUGCAGCACAGGACCUGCCUUCCGUUUUAAAGGCUGGCUAUCUUGAAAAACGCAGAAAAGAUCACAGCUUUCUGGGAUUUGAAUGGCAAAAACGAUGGUGUGCUCUCAGUAAAACGGUAUUCUACUACUAUGGAAGUGAUAAAGACAAACAACAGAAAGGUGAAUUUGCAAUCGAUGGCUACAAUGUCAGAAUGAAUCACACUCUCAGGAAGGAUGCGAAGAAGGAUUGCUGUUUUGAAGUCUCUGCUCCUGAUAAACGCGUCUACCAGUUCACAGCAGCUUCUCCCAAAGAUGCCGAGGAAUGGGUACAGCAGCUGAAAUUUGUAUUACAAGAUAUGGGAUCUGAUAUUAUUCCUGAGGAUGAUGAUGAACGAGGAGACUUAUACGAUGAUGUUGAUCACCCCCUACCCAUCAGCAGUGCACCCGCAGGCGGGCAACCCAUCGAUGAUGAAAUUUAUGAAGAACUUCCAGAAGAGGAAGAGGACACGGCCCCUGUCAAAGUGGAGGAACAAAGGAAGAUGAGUCAGGACAUUGCUCAUCACACCACAGGCGAUAAAAGCACUGAUUAUGCUAAUUUUUACCAGGGUUUGUGGGACUGCACAGGUUCUCUUUCUGAUGAGUUGUCAUUUAAACGUGGUGAUGUGAUUUACAUUCUUAGCAAGGAAUACAAUAGAUAUGGCUGGUGGGUAGGAGAAAUGAAGGGAGCCAUUGGCUUGGUGCCGAAAGACUACAUAAUGGAGAUGUAUGAUAUUUGAGAGUCCUGGCAGGACAAAUCAACAUUUUGAUUGAAGAAAAAAAAUUACAAAGCAACUUUCCCUUUCUGCCUUCAGGAAAGGAGGAUUCUCCUACUCUGCCAAUGCUUUGGAUUUAGAAUCAUCGUGAAAGCAUGAGUGACAGCUCAUAACCUUUCUUUGUUGAACGUCAUUCUUCGUGAUUUUAUGCAUUCAUUAUAGUAUUCCUCGGAUGUGAAAUUAAAUGAAGGAUAUGACUGUAAAUUAGAUGCAAGCAGUAAAGUUAUACCUGUUGCUAUUUUGCAAAGACAUAAUUAUAGUUUUUAUUUACUUAUUUGAUUUGUGUGAAGAAUACAGCACUAUUUUGUAUGUACCACGUAGUCACUGCUACUUAUGAGUUGCAAUUUCUCUUGAUAUUGGACAUCAAUUAUUUUUUUAAACUGUAAUACAUAAUUUCAUAGAAAUUCAAACUGAAACCAUGUAAGCUUUUGGUAGAUGCUAUCUAAAGAGUAAGGAUGUGUUAAGACUUUGUAGAUGAUUUUACAUCUAGAGUAUUUAUUUUUCACACAAGAGUAACAUUUUCAUGAAGGAAUUUGUACUGAUUGGCAGAUUUGCUUUAUGUGUAAUAAGCCACAAGAAAGAAAAAAAAGAUAGAAUUGCAAGGGGCAGGGCUGCUGUUACCUUCUGCAACCCAUGUGCAGACCAGAACCAUAGUUUGUGCAAAGCCUUGUAUCAAUAACAAAUAUCCUGGUUAGGUAAUGGGCUUGCCAACAUUUACUGCCAUAGUUUUGUUUAAAUUUAAUAAAA